UGAGAAGCCAAAGUUAACAGAUGUUAAGCGUUGUCUUCAGCUAAUGACUAUAAUAACAGGUCUCAUAGCUGUAGAACAGAUGCAGGGAGUUAAGAAAGCUCCGCAGACAGUCAGUGUUAGCUUUAGUUUGAUUCAUUCAUGUCAGGCCAUCUCCACAUCACAGCGGAUAUUCAGAAAAACAACAUGCCAACAGGAUUUAUUGAUAACCUUUGAUUCAUAGUGUCACGUUGAGCAAAUAAAGUGUAUUUACAAAAUCCCUACAUGGCUACAUACCAGAAUGAGCACAUGUGCUGCUCAAACUAUACCCACAUUCAUUUCAACAUGACUCACAACAUGAAAGGGAGUGUUCACAUACUGUUUAUCACUGUGAUCACCCCAUGGCUGUUUGAUGCAUACACCCACACCUCUUUAAUUCCUUCCCAACACCCAGAACAACUGCCGGUGGUCAGAGGACAGCAGUUGCUAUGGUAACAGACCCAAACAAGGCCCAACAGUAACUUGGCCUUCUGUGUCUACCAUUUAUCCCAGAACAAAGAUCCUUUAUCUUACUUGAAAAAAUGGGCGAGAGAGGCGGUGUUAUUUUCCAAAAGUCCAUUUAGCCAUUUAAAAUAUUUUUUCAAUGAAAGUACCAUCGGGCACAUAUGCCGUCUAUUUUUAAAGCAGCUUAAUUGCGAUCAUGCAGCUGUGCAGGUUCAAGCCCCCACCCUGUCCCUCUGUUAGUGCAUUACCUCAUAGGAAGGAUAUUCCUUUGACUGAAUCAACGGUAUCUGGCGUUUUUAGACUAAACAACAAAACUGAAACUUCUGUGCAUCUACAUUGUUGGCAUACACGAGUUCCUCUUUGUUGGCUAAAGCAUGGAAAUAACAAUAUUUGGUCUCAUAAAACAAAAUAAAGCUCAUGAGUAGCUUCUGCCUAAAUCUUUGGAAAUCUGCCAUACUGUAAUGUACUGUAAUGUACAGAUCUAUCAGUAUCAUGAGCACAGAACAUACAUUCACAUACAUUGUCAAGACACACAAUGUAAAAAAAUGUUGUUAAAAAGUUUUUUCUUACUAUGCUUGUUUGCAACAGCAGCUGGCUUUUCCUUUAUGACAGGAUAUUUGUAAAUUUUCCCUCUGUGUCAAAGUGACAUUUAAUGGGCAAGCAAUGAAAUAUGCACCAAAGAGAUUUAUUACUUUUCAGCAAAAACACCACAGUGGUUUUAUAUGUUUUUAAGUUGUUCAUAGUCAGUCAUGGAAUUCAUAUAAAGCUUUCACCAACUACAUGGUUCAAAAAAUGAUGCAAACCUCUGCCAGCACAUUUCAUCUUUCUCUGUUGUUUUAGCAUUUAUUUACCACUGUGCCACUUAUGUCCAUUUAAGCUUCUUAAAUAGACAUUUGUGGACAUUUUAAUAAAGCACUUACAAAUGUAGUAACUGUUCAUGUUUACACCAAGGGUGGAUAAAGUUUGAACUCGUUUCGCAAAGGUUGGUUUUACUUUGGACUUUUUUUACCUUAUUUUUUGUUUUAGUUCAUAGCUAUGCUAAUAAAAACGGAAAUGAUGUUAAAAAAAUAAUUAAUGUUUUCCCUGAACUAAGUGUCGUGAUCUCAGUAUUGUCACUGCUUUGUGUCUUGUGUGGGUGUGUGUUUUGUUUUGUCGAACACGUGGAGUGCCGUUUGACAGCUCCACAAGUAUUCGGUGUCCGUGUCACUCGCCUCGCCCCCGUGUCUCCCUGCCAGGCUUUCCCCUCACCGGUUUCCCAUCACCUCAUCACUCUCACCCCUGUAGCUCGUUCCUGAUCAGUAGCUUUCCCUGGUCCCUCAUUAUGUUCCACCUGCAGUUUAUUCCCACCUUUUAGGUUUUCUCUAUUUAAUCCCUCUCGUCUUGUGUCAGACCGUUAUUUGUUGCAGUCGUUCCCUGACCUUCUCUAAUCUUGUCUAGUCAUAGUAUUAUCUUAGUUUUCUUGUUUUCCCCACUCACACAAUCUUCACAUUGAUUGGGUUACGAAUUCUAUUUUGGCCUGGAGCUCUUCUUGUCAUGCGUCUUGUCUGGGUUCUCUUCUGCUGUCUCUGUGCCUUCUGUGUUGCAGGUCAAAGCCGCCAAUUUGACUGGGGUCCCGGAGUACCACGAUCUGCUCACGGUGUUCAGCAGGUCGCGAGCCACCUCUCUCCCUCUGAAUAGCCCCUACGACUGCGCCAUAGGCCUCCUCCCGGGCACUUCUCCGUCCAAGGGGUGUCUCUAUUCAUUGUCCGGUCCUGAAAGAGAGGCCAUGAAUAAAUACAUUCACGAGUGUUUACAAGCUGGGCUCAUUCGCCACUCCUCUUAACCGGCAGGUGCGGGUUUCAUCUUUGUCCAGAAGGAGGACGGCUCCUUGCGCCCAUGUAUUGAUUAUCAAGGUUUGAAUGAGAUUACUGUUAAAAAUAAGUACCCCUUGCCUCUCAUGUCAACUGCCUUCGAACUCUUGCAGGGAGCCCGGGUUUUACCAAGCUAGACCUACACAAUGCCUAUCACCUGGUUCGUAUCCGAGAGGGGGACGAGUGGAAGACGGCAUUCAAUACACCCUCGGGACACUAGGAGUAUUUGGUUCUCCCGUUUGGUUUGACAAAUGCUCCUGCCGUCUUCCAGGGCCUCGUCAAUGCCGUGUUGGGAGACAAGAUUAAUUGGUUUGUCUUUGUGUACCUGGAUGACAUUCUUAUUUUUCCCCUUCUCUCCAGGAACACAACCGACACAUCAGGGAGGUUCUCCAGCAGUUAUUAGAAAAUCAGCUUUUUGUUAAGGCGGAGAAGUGCGUUUCGUUCCUUGGUCAUAUCGUUUCUCCCAGAGGCAUCAACCCUGAUCCUGCUAAGAUCAGAGCCGUAGCCGAGUGGCCAGUUCCCGACUCUUGUAAAGCUCUACAGCGGUUCCUGGGUUUCGCCAAUUUUUAAUGGCGAUUUAUCCGGGGUUUCGGCCAGAUUGCCGUUCCACUCACAGCAUUGACCUCCACCAAGGUUUCGUUCAGGUGGAAUACUCAAGCUCAGGUAGCCUUUGAUAACCUCAAGUCCCGUUUUGUCUCUGCUCCUGUGCUUUGUUUUCCAGAACCCGAGCAGCAAUUCAUUGUUGAGGUCGAUGCAUCUGAUGUCGGGAUAGGAACGGCUCUAUCUCAGCAUUCUAGUCAUGACGGGAAGGUGCAUCCUUGCGCUUUCUACUCUCACCGCCUCAGCCCUGCUGAACGAAACUAUGACAUCGGUAACAGAGAACUGCUGGCAGUCCGGCUGGCUUUGGGUGAGUGGCGUCACUGGAUGGAGGGGUCGGCGCAGCCUUUUUUGGUCUAGACGGAUCACAAGAAUCUCGAGUACUUCCUUUCAGCCAAAAGGCUGAGCUCAUGCCAGGCCCACUGGGCACUCUUUUUCGGUCGGUUUAACUUCACCAUCUCGUACCGGCCAGGAUCUAAGAAUGUCAAACCUGAAGCACUCUCUCAUCUGUUCGAGGUCCCUGGGGGGGAGCCUUCGGCUGAUGCCAUCCUCACUAAAGGGAUGGUGGUUGGGGCUGUCUCCUGGGAUCUCGAACGACGAGUAGAGCAGGCCGGUCGAGUGGUGCAAGUACCGAGGAAGUGUCCAGUGGGCAGGUUGUUUGUUCCGGCCGAGCUGUGCCCCGAAGUACUGCAGUGGGGUCAUUCAUCUAAGUUUGUCGGCCAUCCAGGAAUCCGGGGGACCCUGGCUUCCAUCCGCCAGCGGUUUUGGUGGCCCUCCAUGGCCGCAGAUGUUAGACAGUUUGUGUUGGCUUGCCCUGUCUGCACUCAAUGUAAGCCCUCCCACCGCCCCCCUGCUGGUCUGCUUCACCCACUUCCCAUCCCCUCCAGCCCUUGGUCACACAUCGCCUGGGUGGACCACGUCUUUCAUCUUCAUGGGUUGCCAAUUGACGUCGUGUCCGAUAGGGGUCCUCAGUUCACCUCCCGGUUCUGGAAAGAGUUCUGUAGACAGAUCGGGGUUUCAGCGAGUCUGUCUUCCAGUUUCCAUCCUCAGACCAAUGGGCAGUGUGAGCAAGCCAACCAGGAUCUCGAAUGCAGAUUCCUCUGUCUAACAUCGCAAACUCCCAGUUCCUGGAGCCAACAGCUCUCCUGGAUUGAAUACGUCCACAAUUCCCUCCCGGUAUCGUCUUCAGGUUGUCCCCUUUUGAAUGUUCUGUGGGUUACCAACCUCCCUUGUUUCCCUCACAGGAACUCGAUGCUGCAGUUCCUUCUGCUCUGGCCUUCGUUCAGCGUUGUCAUCGCACCUGGACGAGGGCCAGAGGGGUUCUGGCCCGAACCUCCCAGAGGACCAAGAAGCAGCCGAUCGCCACCGGUCCUCUCCGCCAGCCUAUGUGUGUGGUCAGCGGGUAUGGCUUUCCACCAUGGACUUGCCUCUCAGGGUGCCCUCUCGGAAGUUGGCUCCCAGGUUCAUUGGCCCAUACAGCAUUACAAAGGUGGUUAAUCCAGUGGCUGUCCGGCUCAUACUCCCCCUGAAUCUUGGUCGAGUUCACCCUGUUUUUCAUGUUUCCAGGGUCAAACCCGCCGUCACGUCCCCUCUCAACCCUGCCAGCAAUCGCUACCCCGCGCCUCGUGGACGGGUCUCCGACGUACACUGUCAGGAAACUUAUGGAUGUACGUCACCGUGGCCGGGGUUUUCAGUAUUUGGUGGACUGGGAGGGCUACGGAGCAGAGGAAAGGAGCUGGGUGCCGUCUCGCGACAUUCUGACGAGUCGCUGAUCAUAGACCUCCACCGGAGACUAGUUCCCGUUAGCGUCCCGGACCAUCCUGCUCUCUUCACUCCGGCUAUCGCUUCACCAGCGACCACCUCUCCUGGCAAGAAUCGGCCAGCAGGGCGAGGGUUCUCCCCGCCGUGCGUUCCUCCCUUCGUGGGACAGAAUCUCCCAGACUGGGUCUAUUUCAGAUUCUUCCGUGAGUGCCUCUCGAGUCGGGUCGGACUCACGUGGCUCCGAGGCUGGUGUCUCUUGGUGGAUUCUUGUGGAAACUUUUCAAUAAAGACCUAUUCAUUUCCCGCAAUUGAGUCUCUGCAGUUUCUGUUCACGCACAGUCAUGACACUAAGAUCAUCUUGUAGCAAAGUUCAAAGUCGUAGGGAAGGAAGGAGGCAGGAACCGGCAAACAUUUAACAACUUUAAUCAAAUAAACAAACAAUAUAAAACGAAAGUAAAAGGGCCGACAGCCACCUCACGGUAGACUUCUGAUCACACAAACAUAAAUAAAACUUAACACCUGUCCGGGCCCGGUCCUCUCUCAUCAGUAGUCCUGUCGCUUGUCCUUUUAUGCUCCCGAUCUCCUCCGUGAGACAUGCGGAACCGGUGUGCGCACAGCUGAUUCCCACUAUCACUCACGCCACAGGCCCCGCCUCGUUGCCCCACGGCUCUCGUUCCGCCUUCCUCGCUACACAUCUAUUUAAAAGAUUAUUGGUCAUUAACUAGAGUAGACAGUUUUUACCCAAGGAUCAUAUUAAAAUAGCAGGAAAAUCUAUUUAAAACAAUUAGAAAUGCUUAAUAACACAAUGCUUGUAACUCACCAUUUAAAAUCCUGAAUCAGCAAUCUGUUAUAGCAGCUCUUAUCCUUUACUUUAUUGCAGAGUAUAAAUCCAGCUCCAAUAAAACACACUUUAAUACCUACUGUAAUUAAAGCUGGAAAAUGACAGGCAGGUGUGUGGUUGAAACAAAGCUUUCAGAAAGAUAAAUCUUAGGUCAUCAUUUACUCACCCUCGUGUCAUUUUAAACAUGUAUGACUUUCUUUAUUCUGCAGAACACAAAAUACAAUAUUUUAAAGAAUGCUGGUAAACAAACAUACGGUACCCAUUGACUUGCAUUGGUUUUGUGUCUAUACAAUAGAAGUGAAUGGGUACCGCCGCAACUUUGGAUAUAGAUUAUUGUCAUUAUCUAAAGAAAAUAAGUGGUCACCAUGGUGUUCUAAGUGGUUGGUAGUGUGAUGCAUAUCAGCUGCUACAGCGUCUUUGGGUGAUUGCUUUGAAAGUUUUCUUUGUAGUCUAAGUUAAAAAGCCCACCCCAAACUCUCCAUGACAUUCUGUCUUGGGUGAAUCGUUCAAUGUAAUUCAAUGGUAUUGUUUGGCCUGUUUAAUUGUCUGCAAGGUGGAAACCGUAAAUUCAAUUGCUUACAAAAGCAGAAUGGUCCAGAUUGAGUUUAUGUGCUGAAAUAUAAUAUUUAGCAUUAAGGAUUUGUUCAAAGCAUUAUUAAUACAGAUGUUUGUCUUAAAUGAUUAAAGCAAUACGUUUUCAGAACAAACAUUCAUUCUUAUUUGAGGAUCACAAGAAUGAGCCAUUCUUUCUUAUGUGGCCAAAUCUUAAUCAUCUACAUCAGGGGUUUUCAAUCAAAGAGCCCGCCAACCUGACUCUCAUCCAACCCAUAUAAAAAGGCUACAUUUUUUAUUGGGUAACACUUUAUAAUAACUUACAAAUACGUUGACUAAAAAUACAGCAUUGUAAAAUGUUAAACAGAUCAUUCAUUGGUUAAAACAGUAUAUAAAUAUAUUCUGUGUGUUUGGCUUAUUGUGCAGAGCUCUGAGAGGCCCCAAGCAAAGAAGGGGGGCCUGUGCUUGUGCUAAGCGUGGUUGUUGCGCACUACUCUGUUGUUGUAGAGUUUGUGUAUUAGAACCUGUUGAAAUUGACCAUUGUAAGGGCUGGUUGUAGCCUAUUGUGACCUGGAUGUCUUAUUUCCUUAAUAACUUCUUUACAGAGGAAAGCCAUAGGGAGGUGGGUGCCCGUUUGUUUUUUGUGUAAACCUGUUUUCUCCUGUUUAUCAAUAGUUAGGGAGCGUAUAUAUUUGUGUUUUAUUUGGGCUAUUUCCUUUGUUAGCUUAGCAGACUAACUAGUUAGUUGCUCCAUUUUGAUUAUUAUUUUGGGCCUAAUCCCCCUCCUGAAGUUCUGUUUGCUUCCUCAUUGUUUGAAUAUUUUUCUUUUGUUUUUUUUGCCACUCAUAACAGAGAUGGCUGAGAAAACUAUAAAAUAAACUUCAUGUUUAAGAAGUCUUACGUUGGGUCUGUGAACUGA